AUGGAUCCCCGAGGUGGUGUAACACAAAUCGAGCUGGAGUACAUGGUACACGAUGAAGAUGCAGAGCCCAUUGCCCUGCCAUUCCCACUUUUGGAGAAAAUCACAGAUUAUUUUUCUGACCAGUUGAUAAUUGGAAGAGGUGGCUUUGCGGUGGUUUAUAAGGCAGUGCUUGAUAAUGGCGUUCUCGAUGUAAAGAAGCUGUCCAAUACGCACAUGUACGAGGAGCAAUUCUUGAUAAUGGGUGAGGUGGAAUGUCUUAUAAAGGGUGAGGUGGAAUGUCUCAUGAAGGUGAAGCACAAAAACAUUGUACGGUUUCUGGGAUAUUGCGCCGACACACAAGGGAAUAUUUCGGACUACAAAGGGAAAAUGGUUAUGGCGGAUGUACAUCAGCGGCUGCUCUGCUUUGAAUAUCUACCCAAAGGAAGUCUGCAUGGUUAUAUAACAGAUUCACCUGGAGAACUUAACUGGAGAAAGCGAUACGAUAUGAUAAAGGGGAUAUGUGAAGGGUUACAUUAUCUUCACCAGAAUAAUAUUCUGCACUUGGAUCUAACACCCGGAAAUAUAUUACUGGAUGAGGAUAUGAUGCCGAAAAUUACUGAUUUCGGAUUGUCAAGGUGUUUUGAGGAAGACCAAACAGGGGUCAUUACUAAAAAUGUGGCUGGAACGAGGGGAUAUUUGGCGCCGGAAUGCUAUAACAAGGAAAUCAUAAUCACGCACAAGUUUGACUUAUAUAGUCUUGGUGCUAUAAUAAUAGAGAUAUUGACCGGAAAGAAGGGGUGUCAAGUUACUAUUGAGAAUGUACUUCAAAUUUGGAAUAAUACGAUAUUGGAUGCACUGCAGCGGGAUCAAAUACGAGUAUUGUGA